CGGACAGUUUUGACCGAGAUCCGUUCACACUGGCAGAUAACUCUUCUUCACAAUCUGAAGAAACUCAAGCACCGGGAGAAAAUUUGGCGUUCUGCCAAACUAGAUAUCUAUCCUUUCCUUUGUGUGCUGAAGGAGAAGGAAUAUGUAGAUCUUCUGAUGCAAACAGUUUUCAGCCUGCCGGCCCUCGGGGAGAGCCUCACCAUCUUGGCGAAGGAUCUAGGUAACAGAGUCUACAAUAAAUACAUCAUUCUUAGAAAAACGCAGACUCUUUCGGCGGAGAAUUAUGAGAAGACCUAUGAUAGCUAUGCCCAUCUUUUUACCAGAGAUAAUCAGGUGAAUAAUUAUUUGCCACGGGAAUAUUGGGAGAAACUAAGAGCAGAAGCAGGUUAUAGCCCUUCCUUGACGAGCAACCAAUGUGUCUGGCCCCCAAGCCUGCUGAUGCAGCUGGGUUUUAAGUUGAUGGAACUGCUAAUCCAAAGUCUCAAGCUUGACAAAAAGUUGCUGCCUUCGCUCCCAGAAAAGUCAGUUAUCCCUGUUCUGUAUCAUGUCUACGCCUUCCGCGGAACCAAGCAGAUAGGUUUCAUUAAACCUCACUGUAUUCUGACCCGGCUUCUUCAGGAGGCUUUUGAGACCACACUCACCUUCGACUCUUUUGUCCUUCCCAUGCAAUGUCCACCUGUGCCCUGGGUCUCUUCCCACUUUGGCGCCUACACCCUGUCUCCAGUCAAGCUGAUGCGAUGCGCUAAUGGGGUGGUGCAGCACCAACUGCUUUUGGAACAGUGUCCCCAUGACCACCUCUGUUUCGUCCUGGAUGCUCUCAAUUUCUUGGGCAACUGCCCUUGGAAAGUCAACCAACCCGUAUUGGAUUUGAUCAUCUCCAUCUUCAACGAUAAGGGCAAUGAGAAAUUGGGCAUCCCGCCACCACCAUCUUUGGAGGCCAAAGAGUUAGCCAAGCAGCUCGCUGAAAGUGCACCAAUGUCCAAGUUGGCCAUGAAGUGGAAGAUGGCACAGUGCCGCAAGAAGGCGAGGGAGACGUACGGCUUGCGGAUGGACAUGCUAUAUAAGCUGUCCAUCGCCAAGCACAUGAAAGAAGAGGUUUUCUGGUUCCCCCACAAUCUGGAUUUCCGUGGGAGAACGUACCCUUGUCCACCUCACUUUAAUCAUCUUGGGAGUGACUUGACUAGGGGUAUUCUCCUCUUUGCUGAGGGGAAACCACUUGGACCACGUGGCCUUGAUUGGCUGAAGAUCCAUCUUGUCAACCUUACUGGUCUGAGGAAGAAGAGCUCUCUGAAGGACAGAUUGGCCUAUGCCAAUGAGAUCAUGCCAGACAUCUUGGAAUCAGCAGACAAUCCACUAACGGGCAAGAAGUGGUGGAUGAAUGUUGAUGAACCAUGGCAAGUUUUGGCAUGUUCCAUGGAAAUUGCAAAGGCUGUGCGGUCUCCCAAUCCUGCUGAAUACAUCUCCCAUUUCCCUGUCCAUCAGGAUGGUUCCUGCAAUGGGCUUCAGCACUACGCAGCGCUCGGGCGUGAUACAGUUGGCGCCAUCUCAGUAAAUCUAGCCUCAUCUGACGUUCCUCAGGACGUCUACAGUUCAGUGGCUCUGCAGGUGGAGGUCUUUCGGAAGCAAGAUGCAGAAAAUGGAGUCAGAAUUGCUCGAGUCCUUAAUGGCUUCGUGACUCGGAAGGUGGUGAAGCAGACAGUAAUGACGGUUGUGUAUGGGGUCACCCAAUUCGGGGGGCGCCUCCAGAUUGAAAAACAGCUCAGGGAGAUUGACAACUUCCCCAAGGCAGAUGUUUGGGAAGCAGCCCUGUAUCUUGUCCGGCUAGUCUUCAAAAGCCUUACCGAAAUGUUCUCAGGGUCUCGGGAAAUUCAGAACUGGCUGACGGAAAGCGCCUGGCUGAUUUCCAAGAUUGGCCAGACGGUGGAGUGGGUGACCCCCCUGGGUCUACCCAUCAUUCAGCCUUACCAUCGCAAGAAAUCCACAUUGAUAAAGGGAGACAUGCAGAGCCUUUACCUAAAAUCAGACUCCUGUGUGGACCAGAAGCCAAACACAAGGAAACAGAAAAACGCCUUCCCACCCAAUUUCAUCCAUUCUUUGGAUUCCAGCCACAUGAUGCUGACGGCUCUGCACUGUCAAAAGGAAGGGCUAACUUUUGUCUCCGUGCAUGACUGCUUCUGGACGCACGCAGCCACGGUCGACUUAAUGAAUAAGAUAUGCCGUGAACAGUUUGUGGCACUACACCAGCAACCCAUUUUGGAGGACCUUGCAAAGUUUAUGUUGCAGAAAUACUGUUCUGAUGCUCCAAAGAAGAAAAAUGAGACACUUCUCAGGAUCCAGGAGCUGAAACAUUUACUCUCUGAAAUUCCUCAGAAAGGUAAUUUCAACUUAGAGGAGGUGAAGAAAUCAACCUACUUUUUCAACUGAUUCUCCAAGACCAUCUGCUGCACCUUGGUCCUUAUCCUCUGCAUUUGAACUCCAACCAGGCCAGGUUGUCUGUGGGGCAAAAAUAAGGAGCCACUUCCUGUUUCUCUUCCACUUUAACAGGACUGGAGAUGUUUUUGGUUCCUUAAAUGUUCUCCCUCUCUCUGUGCUUCUGGGGGGAGUCAGCCUGGCAAGGAAUUCCUUCCACGUGGAGGGGGUGUCGUGUCUCCCCAGGAACUGUGUUCUUAGGUUUACAAGGGAGGACAAAGGUGCUUGUGCCCAAGUGUGCAAACAGCGUGUUCCUCCAUGAAUAGUUCAGAGAAAGAACUUAGUUUGGCGUUUCUGUCUCUUCUGGAAGAAAACUGUUGGUCCUUGUCCUCACUCUUGGGAGUAUUGGGUUACAGAAUCCAUCACUGCACUCUUUCCCCCCCUCCCCUUCACUUUUUACGUACUUUGUUCCUGUUGACGGGGCUGGACUUGCAGCCUUCAUUCUCCAUCCCAGUAAUUUCCUCUUGCCAUUGCAAAUGAAAUAAAUCUUUGAAAUCUGGGCCAAGCUUUUCUACUCAUAAUUCUAGAUUUGGGUACAGCGGGAAAUAUACAUAAUACAAAGUCUCUUGCUACAAAGUGCUGGGUAAGGAGGCUCCUGCGGGCGUCUGUUGUUGUUCUCCGCUUGGGCUUCCCUUUCUCCCUGUCUCGCCUUUUUGACUGUCAGUCAUGGGCUGACACAUGUCUGCAGCAACGCACCAUCCUUCAGAUUGCCCGCCCUUCGCAUCUCUGCAUGCAUUUCUGCUUAGAGUGUGCCUCUUUCUAAAAAGCAGGACCGUUUUCCUGCAGGGAGAAAUGGGGAUGUCUUACUCUUUUCACACUGAAAUGGUAACCCUUUCUAGACAGAGAGAGUAAAAAAGACCUUCUCUUUGAAACAUGCAGAGAAGAAGCAUGUCUCACCAAAUGGAAGCUUGGAAAAACCUGGCUAUAUGUUAGGCAUGGGCAACGUGUGGGCCUCCAGAUGUUUGACUCUGCCACCCAGAAAUCCAAGCCAGCCUGUUUAGGAGGAUCCCACCAACUUCCAUCAGCCCUAACUGCUGGAGGGCUUCAAAUUGCCCACCUAGGUCCACCUUGCAGGGUGAGUUAUUCAUGCCUCCGGGUCACAGCAAGGAUCUCCAGAUGAUGGUAAUGACGAUGAUGAUGACCUAAUUAAAGGUAUAUGCUGC